AUGGGAUAAAAACCUGAUAAGCAAUAACCCUAACCAUCAAUCCAUGAUAAUUCCCAAAAUCAAAUAACUGAAAAAUAUGAUUGUUUAAAAGAAAAAUUAAUUUAAGUGAAGUAAUAAAUCCAUAAUGCUUAAAAUUAAGAUAGUUUAUUUAUUUCUAAAUGGGGUUUUAUGCUCGAUUAUAAUUUUGGUAUUUAGCUGGGGUAGUUAAUAUCAAAUUAGGUUUAAUUAGUUAAUUUAAAACUUGAUUUCAGCAUAAAUAAUUUACAAUAAGAAGGUGUGAGAGCUUUGUUUGAAAAUUUUAAGAAUUUAAAUUAGCUAUAAAUGCUAAUUAUCAAUUUAUAGGAAAAUAAAUUAUUAGAUGAAGGUGCUGCUGGUAUUGCCAAAGGUAUUUCGUUAUGUAAAAAUUUAGAGCAUCUUAAGCUUGAUCUAGGCUUUAAUAAAAUUUCUGGAGAAGAUAAUAUUUUUAAACCUUUAGGAAAUUUGUAAAAUUUGACAUUUCUAGAUUUAAGUUUCGAAAAAAAUACUAUUUCUACGAAAGGACUGAAAGACAUGGCUUCAGAUUUAAGCUCACUCUUUAAUUUAAUGAUUCUUAAACUAAAUUUCAAAAAUAACUAAUUUUCAUGCAUAGACGGUUUCGAUACUAUAUCAUAAUUAAAAAGCUUAUAAUAACUAGAAAUAUCAUUUCAAUCUAAUUAAAUAACAGUAGUGUCUUUAAAUAAGUGGUUUUCUGAUAUUAAAAACGGAUUUAAUCAAUUAAUUUCUCUUGAUUUAGACUUUUAAGGCAACAAUUUUAAAGAUAUUUUAACAGAAUAAUUUUAACUAUCAGGACUUGCUUAAAUUAAGAGUUUAAAUAGACUCGGUUUAUCAAUAUACCAUAACAAUUUAAACAUUUGUCAAGAAAUAUCUAAAUUAAAUAAUAUUCAUCGUCUUUCUCUUACUAAUAUAAAGGAUAGCUUAGACUAAAAUAAUUUGUUUAGAAUUCUCUCUAAAAUGGUAAAUCUUAGAGUUUUUGAGAUAGUUUUAUUAGGGAAUUGGGAACAUUAGAUUUUUCAGAAUUUCAAAGACAUUUUGAAAGCAAAAAGAUUGGUAGUAAUAAAAAAAUAUUAGAUAUGA